AUGGGGAAUGAACUUAGUUGGCUUAAAGGUCUAUACACUCAAAAUGAGAGUGAUGAUGAUGAUGAUGAUGAUGAGUCCAAAUUUCUGAUCGAUGAAACCGAGCUCUAUUAUGGAGUCCAAAUCAGUCAGGGUGUGAGCACCACAGUUUACUUCGGAACAUAUAUGGACAAAUCUGUUGCCAUAAAAGUAAUAGAGACAGAAAAAGGCACAGAUGAGAGUCCUCAAAAAGAGAGAUUUCUGAGGGAGGUCAAGUUGCUUGCUGCGGCCAAGCAUGACAACAUUCUGAAGUUUAUUGCGUACAGCGUGGAACCAGCCAUGAGAUUAGUUACAGAAAUGAUGACAGGAGGUUCACUUCAAAGGCACUUAUGGCACAUCAAACCAGCAACUAUGGACCGCAAGGAUGCUUUAGUUAUGGCAUUAGAAAUCUCUCGCGCAAUGGCAUAUUUGCAUGAAAAUGGCAUCAUUCAUCGCAACUUGAAUCCCAAUAAUAUUUUUCUAUCAGAAAGCAAGAAGAGUGUGAAGGUUGGGGACUUUGGGCUGUGUCGGGAGGGUCUGGAAGGUGAUUUUUCUACUGAUGUCGGAAGCUAUCGCUGGAUGGCUCCUGAGGUGUAUAGUAGGGAGCUGCAUGGAAUCACAAGCUUAACGACGAGAUACAAUCAUAAGGUGGAUGUAUAUAGUUUCGCUUUUGUUGUGUGGGAGAUGUUCACAAACAAGACUCCUUUCGAGGACAUGGAUAACAAAAUGAUUGAAACAGCUGUAAUGAAUAAUGAGAGGCCUAUCCUGGAACAGGAGGUUAUUCCAUUAGGCAUUCAAACCUUACUGGAAUCCUGCUGGUCAAAUGAUCCACAACAACGACCAGAGUUUUCGAAAAUCUCAAAAUUACUAGAAGAAUUGCUGAACCAAAUUGAGCCCGGUUGGGACAGUAUCCCAGCUAGCCAGCCCGAAAAUUUGUGGGGUAAGAUCAGCAAAAGAGUGUGCUCCUGUUGUCAUUGGAUCCGCAUAAGACUCUGCUGCUGUUGUCCUAGUUUUCAUUGGAUCCGGACAAGACUGUGCUGCUGUUGUCCUAGUUUUCGUUCAAUCCCCAAGUUUCUGAGCUCCUGUUGUCCUAGUUUUCGUUCAAUCCGCAACUUUCUCCGCAAAAAUUGACCUCCAAGCUCGCUGCUGUUUCUAGAUUGGCAUAUAAUUGUACAGUUCAAAUGAAUGGUUCUGUUCUUUGCAGACUAUUACUGCACAAUAAAACAAUAUAAUCUGUUAGACUGUCUAUUCUUGGUCUUUUUGUUUUACUGUUUUCUGCCAUAUACUAUUUUACUUUGAUGAUUUGAUUAAGGGUCAAGGCUUCCCAGCAGAAUGUUUAGACCAUUUGAUUUAUAUGUUAUUUG